AUGAAUGCAGAUAUAGAAAUACUAAGAAACUUUCCUACUGUCGAUCAGGUCAAUGAAAUUUUAUUAAAGUCUUUAGAAUCCAAACUGGGACCUUCUUUCCAACUCAUAAAUGCCUUACUUAACUAUACAAUACCUCAAAUCUAUCCUUCUUUAGAAUCAAAUAUUCGAUCCAAUUUAAUCAAUGUGUUUCAAUCAUUAAUUGGAAUUGGCAAUCUUGUUGGAGCAAUUGCUUCUCUCAAAGAUCAGACUGAGAGAUCUAAAGAAUUGAAGUCAUUUAUUGAUGUGUUGCAGAUGGUUGUAAAUGAAAAAUUAAUCCUUCAAUUAGUCAAUAAUCAAACAACUUCAUUGGAAAUCAAAGAGAUUGAUAAAUUGAUAUUUAAGGGAAGAUUGUUUUCUAUUAUUAAUGAAGUCACAAUCCUGAAUAAUCUAGAAAUUAAUAAUGAUCAUUUGAAAUCAACUGAGAAGUACAUUGAUUUCCUUUGUAACUCACUAUUAACCCUUCAUCAAAAUGAUGUUGCUAUAAUUAAAAUAAAUAUAUUCAUGGUUUCCAUUUUAAAGUUUGGUGAUGAUUCAUGUACUCGAUUUUUUGAACAAUUUAUGACUAGAAAUCAUUGGAGAUAUUUCAUUGAUUCAUACAAAGGUCUCAAAAAGUUCCAACAAAGAGAAUAUAUCAAGAAACUAUUUACCAUAUAUCUAAAUGGGACAAUAUUGCGUGGAACUGCUGCUGCUGAUGAUGCAAAAUUAUUGGGUCUUUAUGACAUUCUUCUGUUUGUAAGUGAAUGUCUUGAUGAAUCAAUCAUAGAAGUUGUUCUUCUAUGUGGAAAUAAGAAUCUAAAUAAGUUGAUGUCCUUACUUGUAACCCGUCUUGAUGAAUCAAGAUUAGACUCCGUCACAAUGAAGAUACUUUCAACUUGGGGUGAUGAAAAUUUAAUCAAGAAAGAACCAAUAGCAAUCCAAGAAUCGAGAACUCAUAUACUAUUACAAAUAUUAUCUCAAAGAAAGAACACCCUUUUCCUAAAGAACCUUUUGAAAGACCCGGUUUUCUUAAAUUCUAUAACUAAUAGAUUACUGUCGUUUUCAAAUAAUGUAAAGGCUUUGGGAGUGACAUUGGCUGAUUAUGUAUGUCAAUUGAAUGGCGAGGAGAAAAUCUUUAAACUAACUGGAGAUUUGGAUUUAUACUCACAUCUCCUAGAAGGGUCGAUAGAAAUUAUCCAGAUAUCCACCGACCCUUGGGAUAUGAUAGUCACUCCCCAUGUCGAAGAAGUAAAAGAGAUUGAAACCCGACUUGAACUUGUGACUAUUGAUUCUGAUGAUGAAUCGGAUAGUGAAGAUGAUCCUUCGUUACCUUCUAAGGUGAAAAUACCUGCACCGGUCUAUAUUAAAGAUCUAUUAAGAUAUAUAACUGUUGAUACUAAAGACAAGAAUGCAUACGAAAUGAGAAGGACUGCUUUGUUGAAAGGGCCAACAUUGCUUCGACAAAAAGCUGGUGUUGGGAACGAGGUAUCAUUCCAUCUGGAGGAUUUGAUUACUCAUUUGAUUGCCUUGAAUAAUCAUUACAACGAUAGUGAUUUUGAAUCUUUGAAACUCAAUAACAUGGUUGCCACUAUCGUAACAAAUCCAAAUAUUACAUUCUAUAUGUUUAAUUUGUUAUUGACUGGAGAUUACUCGUUACAACAAAGAAUGAUUAUCCUAUCUGCGACAUCUUUAGCUGCUCGAGAACUAAGAGGAUUAAAGGAUGACGUGAUUACCAAGUCAUUUACUCCAAAGAGCUUCCCCACCAAGAUGUUACCUCCUGCCCUACAUCAGAAAUAUUUAAAUAUGGAAGUUGGCACGAAAUAUAUCGAUACAAUACAACAUAAUUUACAAGAUUCACUAAUGCAUGAAGAAUCUUCAAAAGCACAAGAUACGAUUCUUGGUAAUGGGAAAUUGGUUAGAAUAUCAGCAAAAUUGAAAAAGGAACAAGCUGGAAUCGUCUCCACUAAUGAUCAUCCUAUUAUUCCAAAUUUCUAUCAAUUAGUAGGUAGAAAUUUCUUCUUCCCCUUACUUAAUGUAUGGUAUGAAGCAGAAGGAAUUGAUAUUGGACAUUAUACACCUGUCUUUGUUGCACACUACAUUAAAACCUUAACUUUAUUGAUUCAUUGUGCCUAUCCUUCCUCGAUUCAGUUGAAAGAUAUGAUUAGAGAAUUUUUGGUGCUUUCGAAAACUAUAAUUGCCAAGGUAUCCUUGAGUGAACUUCAAGUCAUCGAAAGUGUAGUUACUGGAUUGCUUUUAAUAUUUGAUAUCACCGAUAAGGAAUAUCUAAUUUUAAAUCACAAUAAAGAAAUCUUAUUCUUCCGAGAUUGGUUACAUAUUUCUUGGGAACAAGUUAUAGAUUCAAAAAUAAAAAGUUUAUGUGCUGGUUUAUUAUUGAAAAUCCAAGAUUUAACUCAAAGCUUCGAAAGAACAAUCAUGGACCAAAUGAAUAGUAUUUAUUAA